AUGUCCGUAGUGUCAAGAGGACUUCGAUCAGGUGCUUUAGAUAAUCCCGGAGCAGCGCAAGAAAGUUUAAGAUUGAUGGGGCAUGAUAUGUCAAUUAAUGGCAUCCGCAAGUCAUUGAGACGAAAUGGACUUAAAUUUCGUAGAAAAGUAAAGACCAAUUUUGUUAGCAAGACAAACAAGCGGCUUCGAUUGGCGUGGGCUAAAAAGCAUAAGCAUCUUACUAUUGCUGAUUGGAGUCGUUGGGUGUUUUCGGAUGAAACAAGAAUAAACCUUUGGGGCUCAGAUGCGGAGAGUCCUGGUUAUGGUACUACCAUUAUUGAAGGCUCAAUAAACUCGGGCUUGUAUGUCGAUAUUUCGAAGACAUCAUUGAACGAUACUCUUGAGCACUUUGGGAAGACACCAUCUGAUGUGCGAUUUCAACAAGACAGAGCAACACCGCAUACCUCAGGCACUACUAAGCAAUGGUUUACCGACAAUGGGUUUAACCUAGACGAAAUUAUGGAUUGGCCACCCCAAAGUCCCGAUCUUAAUCCCAUUGAACAUGUCUGGCAUCUCCUAAAGCUUCGUCUUAAUAAGUAUCCUACUAGGCCCUCUACAAAAGAAGAAUUAGAGCGGCGUAUUAACAUUCAGUGGUAA